AUGGUCGUAUUCAGUCUCUCACACGGCGACAUCACAGUGCCACUCGAGAUUCCUCCCAAUCUCGUUCGUUUCGCCGGUACCCAGAGAGACGAAUUCCUUGCAUCCACUGCAACGGCCCCAACAUCUAGAAUCCCCACAUCAACGCUGGAACUGACCGCUCGUUUCAGCAUGCACGUUGCAAGAGGAGAAGGGAGCGAUCGCGAUGGCUUGCUCGAGUCGUUGCUGGACCAUCUGGAUCACAACAUCCUCCAAGGCAACGACAUCCACACAGCAGUCGUUGAAACCAUCAAAGACAAACAGAGCAAGACACAGGCAAUACAGUCAUACUACGAGGCGCUCAUCGUAGCCAACAGGCCGAUCAAGCCUCGGGGGACCUCGGCCCUGUUAAAUGCGGCAGCUCGAGGUCAAGCCGGCCUGCAUCUGCUCUUUGGGGGACAGGGCAACAACGAGCACUACUUUGACGAGAUCCGAAAUGUGUUCUCGACAUACAAGCCCCUGGUCCGCACCCUCGCAGAGUCACUCGGCCAAAGACUCCAGACCCUCGCGCGAAACAGCUCGGUUUCCGACCUCUACCCACACGGCCUCGACGUCCUGCGAUGGCUCGAAGCCCCCGACUCGACACCCAGCACAGACGCUCUCGUUGCGGCCCCCGUGAGCUUCCCGCUCAUAGGCGUCUUGCAGCUGCUGCAUGUCAAAGCCGUCUUCGUGGCUCUGGGAGUGGCCCCUGGCGACCUCUCUCGUCUCUUGCAAGGCGUGGCAGGCCACUCUCAGGGAUUGGUGACAGCGCUGGCGGUAUCAGCUGCGUCAACGUGGGACGAGUUUGACGAUCUCGCUGUCAAGGCCGUUGAGAUACUGUUUUGGAUUGGAGCUAGAUGCCAGCAGGUCCUCCGCGAAGAAAAUCUCUCCGAAAAGGACUCUCUGGCCUUGGUCACGGACGGCCAUGGGACUCCAUCCUCCAUGCUCUCCAUUUCCAACAUCCACCAGCGGGACCUGGAAAAGAUCGUCACAGGCCUGAACGGCCGCCUACCCGUUGAGCAGCAUGUGUACACUGCCCUCAAGAACACCGGCUCGAACUUCGUCAUCAGCGGGCCAGUACGCUCACUUGCGGCACUCAUCAACUCAUGCAAGGCCGCUUCGGCCGGCGCCCGGACGGGGCCUCAAGCCCGCGUUCCCUAUUCCCAACGGAAGCUCUCGCCGUCGAUGCAGUUUCUGCCCGUCACCGUUCCGUGCCAUUCGAAGCUGCUGGACGACGCUGUGCCGCUGAUUGACCAAGACCUGAGGAACGUCUCCAUCUCGAAUCAAGCUCUCAAGGUCCCGGUGAACCGCCAGUCAGCGGACUCUUCCGACUUUGUGACCAUAUAUCGGGACGAGGAAGGGCAAAACCUGGUUCCCUUGGUUAUUAGGAAGAUCACCUCAGAGCCGGUUGACUGGACCGAGAUCGACUUCACGGGAGCAACACACGUGGUGGACUUCGGCCCUGGCCUUUCAGGUGGCGUGGGCAACUUGACACACCGGAAUCUUCUCGGGUCAGGAACUCGUAUCCUGGUCGCAGGGAAGCUGGACUCGCAACCCGAAGGGCCUCAGGGGUCACUGGCUGAGCUGUUCUCGCCGGAUGAGAGAGAUAUCCAAUGGGCUCCCAGGUGGGAGGAGAGCCAUCGAGCGUCUCUUGUCCGGACAGCCAGCGGGCCGGUGGUCGUAUCCAGCCUUAGUCGGCUCUUGGGGCUACCUCCGUUCUUCGUGGCGGGGAUGACGCCGACGACGACUCAUCCCGAAUUCGUUGCCGCAGUCAUGAGAGCAGGUUACCACGUCGAGUUCGCCGCGGGCGGCUACCACGACGCCAGCUCUCUGCAGUCGGCCCUCACCAGGCUCCGCGACAUGAUCCCUCCCGGGCGCGGCAUCACCAUCAACGUCAUCUACGUGAGCCCCAAGGCCAUUGCGUGGCAGAUCCCACUGGUGCGCCAGCUGCGAGGCCAAGGCUUCCCCUUGACCGGACUGACGGUCGGCGGCGGCGUCCCUUCUCUCGAAGUGGCGACCGAGUACAUCACCACCCUCGGCCUGGAGCAUAUCUCUUUUAAGCCCAGCUCGGCGGAGUCCAUCCGACAGGUGCUCCGGAUCGCCGCGGAGAACCCGAGUUUCCCCGUAAUCCUGCAGUGGACGGGCGGUCGAGGCGGCGGCCAUCACUCGGCGGAAGACUUCCACGCCCCGAUCCUGGAGACGUACGGCGAGAUCCGGGCGCGGGACAACGUUCACUUGGUCGCCGGCUCCGGAUUCGGGAGCGGCGAUGAUGUCCUGCCGUAUCUGACCGGGACCUGGAGUUUGUCCCGCGGCAAGAAGUCGCCCAUGCCCUUCGACGGCGCCCUUUUUGGCAGCAGGGUCAUGACGUGCGCCGAGGCUCUCACCUCGCGCCAGGCGAAGCUCGAGAUCGUGGCAGCCCAGGGAGUCGAGGACGCGCAGUGGGAUGGAACGUAUCGAGGUUCAACCGGCGGCGUCGUUUCCGUCGUCAGCGAGAUGGGCGAGCCCAUCCACAUCAUCGCCAACCGAGGCGGACGGCUCUGGGCCGAGCUGGACAGAACCGUCUUCUCGCUCGACAGGAAGAAGCGCGCUGCCGUCAUCGCCUCAAAGAAGGGCUACAUCAUCUCGCGCCUCAAUGAAGACUUCCAGCGCCCUUGGUUCGGCGUGAACGCUCAGGGGGUACAUUGUGACAUCGCCGACAUGACUUACAAAGAAGUCGUGGAGAGGGUUAUCAAGCUUAUGUUUGCCGGAGGGCGCUGGGUAGACCAGAGCCACCCGCGCCUCCUCUUCGACUUUCUAUCACAGAUCGAGGCUCGUUUCUCCGAGAUUGACUCCUCUUCCCUCGUCGGUCCCAAGGAGUGCGAUUCAGACCCUUCAAGAAUAGCUGAGAAGGUGCUCCAGGCGUUCCCCGGGGCUUCGACUACUCUGCUCUGCCCAGAGGAUGUCGACUUCUUUGUGCAGCUGUGCAGACGCCCCGGGGCCAAGCCCGUCCCGUUCGUGCCUGUUCUGGACGACGGUUUCGAGACCUUCUUCAAGAAAGACUCGCUGUGGCAGUCGGAGAACCUCGACACCGUUGUAGAUCAGGAUGCUGGACGCGUGUUCAUUCUGCAUGGGCCAGUCGCCGCUCGCCACACCACCACGAUCGAUGAACCUGUCGGUGACGUUCUGGACGCAAUCAACGCUUCGGUAUACCGGCACUUCCUCGCGGAGGCUUUUGGGGGAGACGAGGCUUCGAUACCUUACGAGGAGUGUCUCCAACGAACCCUCUCGGCGGCAGCCGGACCAGCGGCUACGGACCAGCUAGACAUCGUGCUACCCGAGCGCAACAAUGACCUCCGGGCUCCGUUCUCAGGAGUCAAGGCUGGCUGGCAGGCUGCUCUGUUCGGCAGUCGUUUCGUCGUCCAGGGCCAGGAUCUGAUUCCCAACCCCCUUCUGCAUUUGCACGACGCCCUCAACGCUGACGAUGCUGAUAUCAACGAGGACACCGUUUCCAUCUUCUCUGAAGCGGGUCACGGAAAAAGAGCACUUCUCGUCGAGGCGAUGAGGCAUUUGAACGAGAUACGGGUCGCGUUGUACACCCACCUCACAGGUCCCGACACGCCCGUCCCUCUGUUGCUGAAGUUUCGGUACCAUCCGGAGACGAGCUUCGCUCCCAUACGGGAGGUCAUCGACGAUCGCAACGAGCGGAUCGGCGACAUGUACCGUCAGUUGUGGACGAGCGGAUCGGAGUCGACCACCACGCCAGGCCCCUCAGAGUCUAGGGCAGAUCUGUCGACGUUCGACGGCACUUACACGUGCGACGAGGCCCUUGUGCGCGACUUCAACAGGGCAGUGGGCUACAGGAGCCCGACGCAGCACGAGCGUGUGCUCCUCGACUUUGCCAUCGUGGUCGGCUGGAGCCCUAUAUGCCAGGCGCUCCUCCAGAAGUCUAUCCAGGGCGACGUGCUGAAGCUUGUGCACUUAUCGAACGCAUACGAGGUUCACAGCGGUGCCGAGGGAUUGAAGGUUGGCGAUACCUUGCGGACCCGAGCACGCGUGUCUUCCACCACGAUCGACGACUCUGGCAAGACGGUCGAGAUUGUCUGCGUUAUCAGGAGGGCGGACGGAGGCUCCGCGCUCAUAACCGUCCGCUCGCGGUUUUUGUUCAGGGGCAAGUACACAGACUUCACGUCAACAUUCGCCCGCAAGGUCGAGCCGCCGUACGAGUUGAAGAUACGCUCGAACAAGGACAUUGGCAUACUCGCCUCGAAGCCAUGGCUGCACAUCGCCGACGGCAACAAGCUUGCCGACUUGAACCUGAACGACCUGACGCUCGAGUUCCAUCUCGAGACAGUUACACGAUGGGCUUCCGAGUCGACGCGCAGCAGCAUCGACACGUCGGGCAAGGUCUUCACCAGAUCGGAAUCCGGCGACCUGAGCGAGAUUGGCAUCGUCAAGCACCACGUUGCCCAGUCCAGCUCCAACCCGGUCUUGCCCUACCUACAGCGACGUGGCAAGGUCGUAGAUUCUCGCACGACCCAUCAGCUGCCAACCCCCGGACCGUCGACGAAAGCCAGGAUCCGUAUCCCUUGGAGUAACGAGCCGUAUUCCCGUGUUUCGGGUGACUACAACCCGAUUCACACCUCGCCGCUGUUUGCUCAGAUUGCCGGGCUGCCCGGCACCAUCACACACGGCAUGUAUUGCUCCGCCGUCGUCCGCCAGACGUUGGAGAGACAUGCAGCGGGAGGGCAUCCCAGCCGCAUUCGCCACUUCGGCGUCUCCUUUGUGGGCAUGGUCCUGCCCUCCGACACGCUCAGCGUCUCUCUGCAGCACACGGGACUCCAGGACGGGCUGAUGGUCUACGACAUCAACGUGUUCAACGACGAGACCGGCCAUCUCGUGCUCCACGGCUCGGCCCUCGUGGCUCAGCCGUCGACGACCAUCCUCUUCACCGGCCAGGGCAGCCAGGAGAAGGGCAUGGGGAUGGACCUCUACGCCUCGUCGCCCGUGGCCCGCGCCAUCUGGGACCGAGCCGACGCCUACUUCGUCUCGCAGUUUGGCCUCAGCAUCCUGGAGAUUGUGCGGACCAACCCGAAAAGAGCCACCGUCUACUUUGGCGGCGUCCGCGGCCGUCAGCUGCGGCACAACUACAUCUCCAUGUCCUACGAGGUGCCCGGCGGUGACCGGGAUGGCGGCGGCGGCGGAGGAGGAAAGCCCCAGAGGCGGCCUCUGUUCCCGACCAUCACGGAGCAGUCGACGUCCUACACACACUCCUCCCCGCACGGCCUGCUCUUCGCGACGCAGUUCUCGCAGCCCGCGCUGACCAUCAUGGAGAUGGCCGCGUUCAAGGACAUGCAGGCCUCCGGGGUCGUCGGCGGCACGAUCCAGUUCGCCGGCCAUUCCCUCGGCGAGUACGCCGCCCUGGCUUCCGUCACCGACUUCAUGCCCUUUGAGAGCCUGAUGUACCUCGUCUUCUGCCGCGGCAUGACCAUGCAGGGCGCCGUCGAGAGGGACGAGAUGGGGCGCAGCUCCUUUUCCAUGGUCGCGGUAGAUCCCAGUCGGGUCAGCAGCAAAUUCACCGAACAUGGUCUCCGCGACCUCAUCACUGCUAUCCAGACACAGACCGGCUUCUUCGUCGAGAUCGUUAACCUCAACAUCCGGAAUGGCCAGUACGUAUGCGCCGGUGACCUGCGAGCUUUGGACCUGCUGCAGCGGAGCUGCGACGCCAUCAAGUCUCUGUCUUCUUCUCACACUGCCUCCGGCUAUCUAUCCAUCGAUGCACUUACAAGCAUCGUGAGGGACAAUGGUGCCGGCUACGCCGACGUCGCCCCUCAACAGAUCGAGUUGAAGCGCGGCGGCGCAACGGUGCCGCUGGCCGGCGUAGACGUGCCCUUCCACAGCUCCUUCUUGCGUUCGCGCAUGGAGGCGUUCCGGCGGGUGCUGCAAGACAGCCUGAGCGCGGACCGGCUGAAGCCGUCGCUGCUCGUGGGGAGGUAUAUCCCAAACGUGACGGGGACGCCCUUCUCUUUGGAAAAGGGGUACAUUGAGGAGGCAUUCCGGGUGACCAACUCGGAGCCGCUCGGGGAGGUUCUGGGGAACUGGGGGGAGUGGAUGAAGAGGGUGACGGAUGAACGGGACACCAUUGCGACUGUUGGUUAG